AUGCGUCUUCUAAUCGCCAUCAUUCUCGUUUCACUGCGAUUCGCCGAUUCCGCCGACAAUUCAACACCGUCAAUUCUAUGCCUUAUUCAUACGGCGACGCCAAGCCACGAGACACGAGCGAAAACCAUUCUCGAGACAUGGGCAAAACGAUGCGAUGAUUAUCUCUUGUUCACCGAUUCACCAAUGAACACCUCGAUACCGCACAUCUAUUGGCCACUGCUCACCUCAAGGGACCAUUCAUGGGAGAAAAUUCGCCGCGUUUUCAAGCACGUUCACACGAAAAUCACCAAAAAAUACGAUUUCUAUCUUCGCGCCGACGACGACGCCUACAUUCUAAUGCACAACGUGCGCAAAUUCGUCGCCAACUACUCGCCUACUGACCCCCACUAUUUCGGGUUCCGUUGGCGCUUCUUCACCACUCACGGCUUCGCCGACGGCUCCGCCUACAUUCUCACACAGCCAACCGUCGAGGCGUUCAACGAAGUGAUGCUCGAUCCGGCAAAAUGUCCCGAUCAUCAUCGUGCCGAAGAGGAUCAAGAGCUCGCAAAGUGCCUCGGGCAUGUCGGCAUCUAUCCAGAGGACAUCAGAGAUAACAACGGAUCCGAAAGAAUCCAACACUUCCACCCAUUGGAGCAAUACGUGAUGUGUGCUGAUGCGUUCGGCCGUCGCAACGCAUACUACCCAUUGCUCAAAGGCGAGGAGAACUUUAGUCCGGAGAUGAUCAGCUUCCACCACGUCUCGCCCUAUGAGAUGCGUCUUCUCGAUUACAUCUUCUACACCAUCGACAAAUAG